AUAUUAUGAAUAUGCAACCCGUUGGGCUAAUGAUAAAAACGUUAUGAAGGCACUUAAUGUCCGCGAGUUUAUAUGAUGGCACAAAAUAGGGAACAGUGGAGAAGUGGUCGCUUUGUAAUUUGGAUAUGGAGUACAAUUAUGGUGUACGUUCGACAUCAUCAUAUGAGUUCAAUGUCCAAAGUAGUGUCGUCUUCCACCAAAAGCUAAGUAAGAGAAAUUGUCGAGCUUUGAUUUUUAGUGGGGAUCACGACAUGAUGGUUCCACAUGUCGGUACACGUAAUUGGAUAAGUUCUCUUAAUUUGACAAUCGCAGAUAGUAAUUGGGAUGCAUGGUAUGUUAAUGGUCAAGAUGCAGGAUACAAAACCAUCUAUGAACGUGAUAACUAUUCUUUAGCAUUUGUCACUCUUAAGGGAGCAGGGCACACAGCUCAAGAGUUCAUGCCUGAAGAAUGUUUUGAGAUGGUUAAGAGGUGGUUUUCUCAUAGACCUAUAUGAGAGAUGAUGAUUUUAAGUAUUGCUUCUUGGAAUUGGGAACCAUUUUUUAAUAAAUUUUGUACCGGGAUGUUUGUUGUAAUUAGAUUGAUUGUUUAUGGUGAUUAUAUAUGUAACUGUAUAACAAAUGCUCUGAAGUUUAUCAUAUCAUCAUA